UCUCUUCUCCUCUCCUUUUUUCCUUGAUUCCUUCUCUCUCUCUAAAAACUUCAAUUCUUCUUUGUAUAAAUUCAAGCCAUCCUCUUAUUGUUUGCCUUCGCUCGUUCGAGUUUCUCAUCCUCUUCUAGGAGAUUCAUUCAUUCAAGAGCUCUUUUGUGAGAUUAAGCAGUGUUUUGAACAAGAUCAGAUCUGUUCGAAGAAGAUGAAUCAAUAUGCAGUUCAACUGAACAACUGUACUAGCUAUGAGGAGAUUAAGAGUUCUUUCUCCGGUUCCGUUUCAAUCAUAUCUGAACGCCGCGUUGAAAGGGAAAGCGUUUUCUGCCCUAAGCCACGCCGUUUCCCUCUUGCGAAUUCCGCCGUCAAUGAUCCGAUCAGACCACUGAAAUGGUAUCAAAGCAGUAAUCAAGUUGAACCAUGUGAAUCAAGAGUAGGAAUAGAUCUGUUGGACAUCAUCCUCCCCAACUCCUCCAAGGCCGGGGUUGGUGUUGGAGAUCAAUUGUACAGUCAGUUAGGUUCGUCGCCCCCAUUUUUUUGUGGGUCGCCGCCGAGCAGAGUAUCUAACCCAUUAAUCCAGGAUGUAAGAUUCAUGGACGAGAAGUUCACCCCAAUCUCGCCACCAAUUCAAGUUCCAGGUGGGUCGUCGUCGCCGAGGAAAGGAGGGUGCAUGAUGAUAACGAAUUUUGGUAACAAUCCAACUGUGAGAGUAGAAGGGUUUGACUGUCUCGAUAGGGAUCGCCAACGCAACUGUAGCAUCCCUACCCUGGCUUAGAACCCUAAAACCAGAACCAUCAGGACCAGAAAGAAGAAAAUAGUAAAUACAAUAGUAGAUUAAAGGAGGAAGAAGAAGAAGAGGGUUUGUGUAUAGUUGUGAAAAAGGGUUUGUUAUUGUAAAUGGAUUAAUCAAUAGUAGAUUAGUAGUAAAAUCAAAUCAAAUGAAAAUCAAUAAAAUUGUCAAUGUUGAGA